AUGAAGAACAGGAGGAAGAUAUCAAGGAUGAGGGUCCUGAUGAGACCAACAAGAUCUUCAAAAGAAAGAGGUAUAGUUUGAGACAUACUGCGACAAGAAAGGCAAAGAAAGCAAAGCGUGAGAAGCAAAAGUUGAAGAAUAACAUAAAGAGAAACAAAUGCAAGCUGCUAGUACAAUUCAAAAACCCCAAAGAUAGAUGGUCAGAAGAAAGGUAUAAAUUGGCAGAGAAGAACCUUUUGGAGGUGAUGAGGGUGAAAGGAGCAACAGCUAAUAAUCCUAUUCUUCGGCCUGAACUUCGAACAGAAGCAAGGAAGCGAAUUGGGGACACAGGCUUGCUAGAUCACCUUCUCAAGCACAUGGCAGGUAAGGUUGCACCAGGAGGGACUGAGCGCUUUCGCAGAAGGCACAAUGCCGAGGGAGCCAUGGAGUAUUGGUUGGAGAGUGCUGAUUUGAUUAAUAUUAGAAAGGAGGCUGGUGUGAAUGAUCCUUAUUGGAUUCCACCACCUGGUUGGAAGCCUGGUGAUUGCCUCACUCCUGACCCAAUCUCUGCUCAGGAGUUUAAAUUCUUGAAACAAGAGAUUUGCAUGCUGAAAAGAGACUCGGAGGAGAUGGCACUAUCCAAAAAACAAAUGGAAGAAGAAGUCAGAAGGUUGAGAAGAGAAAUCCGGGAGUUACAAUUAAAGAAAAAUCAACAGGAAACUCCAGUUACUGUCAUUUCCAAAGAUUCUGAGAUUUCACUAGUUACAAUGGAGAAGUACAAGGAGCAACUCCUGUUGAUGACCUCAGCUAUCAUGGCAAAAAUGGAGGAAAAAUUUGGGAAUUUUGAUUCCAAAUUGGAAGAAAAAGAAAGGUUUUUCUCUGCAUUAGUGGAGGCAAUAGUUAACUACGCUGAAAAAGGGAAAAGUCAAGUAGAAGUUGAGCAGAAAAGCAACAAACAGGUGCAAGAAAUUGUUUUAUCAGGGGAAGAGGAGGGGUCACAAGCAACUGGUGGCCAGUGCAAUAAGCAAACAACUACAGAUAAACCAUCAGCAGAAAACGCUACAAUAGCAGCAAAUGAAGAAAAAGCAGCCAAGAUACAAAGGCUUAAGAGUGGCUUCAGGAUAUGCAAGCCCCAAGGGACAUUCCUUUGGCCCAACAUGGUGCGCAGCCCCUCCCAGGUCCAGGUUGAUGAUCUGUUCAUGAUUCCAACACCACCCUCAGUUUCUUCCUCUACUGCCACAGCUCCUCCAAAGCUCCCCAAUUAUUUUCCAUCCCACCAGCACAGUGGCCCUGUUUCCCCUGUCAAACCUGUGCCAGAAAGACGUCCCAUUAAGCUUAUUGUAUCCUCAGUCUCAGAUGGCUCCAUGUAUACUCCAACCAAUCAAAUCAACCUAAACGACCCCUUCAAUAAUGGAGGACGACUUUGUGGAACCCCAACAUCAAGACAAUCUAUCACCUUGACUCCUAUGAUGCCAAAUCUAUUUCCCUCUACCAAUGAAUUGAUAAAGGGAGAUCUAAUUGAUCAAGGGGAGCAUGCAGUAGAGGCUGAAAGCACUAGCAUUGGUAGCACGAAGAAGGGGGAGAGCUACAUCACAAGAGAACCAAGCAAAUCUGCCUCCAUGCCUAAGCAAGAAGGAACUUGGCUUGCUCUUGCUACUCCAAACACUUCCACCUCAGAUGAGUCCUGCCAGGGAUGAAGUGCAUCGUAUAUAUAUAUAUAUAUAUCUAGACUAGACUAUACAUGAAACCUACAUGAAUAUAAUGGCAGUAUUAGCUUUAAAAGGAAAUCUUGGUUUGAAUAGUUUACAAACACAAGUAGGCAAGUAGCAGUUAGCUAGUAUGGAAGACAGCUGAUCUCCUGUUUUUUGCUAGGCAAGAAUGCAAGUAAACAUUCUUCAUAGGAUCUUGGAAAACAAACAUGGAAUUUGAGACUUGGCAUAUCAUGAACCUUAGUAUGUUCUUACUCAACUUUUUGUUUGCUUUGAUUCUGAGAGGAGAUCAUGCAUAAGUUUUCAAUGGCCUAGUGCAUUUUCUUAGACAUGCAGAUGAUUUUACAAAUAUAUAAAGGGAAAUGAAAACACAGUAUGCUUGUAUUGCUGCUCAAAUGGAGAUUAGGGUUGACACAUUCCUUCUCUAACAGAUGAUUAGAAAAAAUAAAAAUAAAAAUUUAGUUAAUCCAAGUUAAGUUGAGAUCAGUUUCAAUUGACAACCCCACAAGAAGUAAGCUCAGACAAAAAGCUACAUCUAUACAUAUCUAGUCACAAGUUCCUACAA